UAGAGUUUAUAAAGACCGCCGCGUCUUUGUGUAUAUCGCCUCCACAGAUCUAAUCGCUAAAGUCAUCGUCGUCGUCGUCUCUUCUCUCAAAAUCAAAACCGUUGUUAUAAAAAUGGCUGAGGCAACGCCUGCUUUGAGGAAGCCUGUGUUCACCAAGGUUAAUGAGCUGAGACCAGGAACCAGUGGUCACUCGCUGAAUGUGAAAGUUGUCAACACGAAGAUGGUGUUGCAGAGAGGAGGAGGAGGUCGUCCCAUGGGUCCUCAGGCACGUCAGAUGCGAAUUGCAGAAUGUUUAGUUGGUGAUGAGACUGGAAUCAUAAUCUUUACAGCAAGAAAUGAUCAAGUGGAUUUGAUGAAAGAGGGCAGUGUAUUGACUCUGCGUAAUGCAAAGAUCGACAUGUACAAGGGGUCUAUGAGGCUUGCAGUUGAUAGAUGGGGACGUGUUGACGUCGCAGAGGAGCCCACAGACAUCACCGUGAAGGAUGAUAACAAUCUUUCGCUAAUCGAGUAUGAGCUUGUGAGCGUCGAAGCUUGAUAUGGUUCCUCCACAAAAGAAAGCAGAGCGACUCAAAAAAAACUUAUGUUCUAGUUGGAGAAGCAAAAGCCUCUUUGGUUUGAGUUUUGCUAUAUCAGAAUUUGCUGGUGGAUUUGAGUCUUUAUGUAGUAUCCGGCUUGCCUUUGAUCUACCGUUCUUGUUUUGAAAAUCAGGUUGCCGUCUUUUUGUAGAUUGAUUCUCUAUUUAAAUAUCAUGGGAUGAUCUUUCUCUUGUUUUAGUUUUUGUUCUUAUGUUUUUCCUUGGAAACAAAUUAUAAAGGCAUACUACUUUCACA